CUCUUCCUCUCUCUUGCGACGGCGUUUACCAGUCUCACCUUCUCCUGUUUUACCAUUUCUCUAUCUCUUCCAGUCAGCUCCUUUUCGCUCCCAUUUUUCUCACCUAAAUUUUCCCUGGAAAGUUACGGACAAAAUAAAUUUUCGUUUUUUUUUUCUUCUAAAUUGAUAUUUUGAAAACCCUAGACUACUUUGAUUUUUUAGAUUUUAGAUGGAUUUGGCUCCAUAUGCAUCACUUAUCUCGAUUCUUUAGUCAUAGAAGCGCCAUGGACUGGAAGAGGAGCAGUAGAAAGCCGAGACUCGAGCGCCGCAAUGCAGCGAAGCACAUCGAGUACGAUGCAGCUUCGUUUUCUUCGUCUCUCGAUGAUUCCUCUUCAUCUUCUUCUUUAAUCACGCGAUCGCUAGAUUUAUCCGAUAAAACCAGCUUCCGUAUCCAAGGAACCGAUGGAGAGUUCGACAGAAUUUGUCAGAGUUUGGGCCUUAGUGGGCCUGAAGAUUUUUCCAUCCCAACCGCCGCUUGGGAGGCCCGUAAUAUCCGAUCGUCUUCGGAUCUUCUGCCUCGGUCCAGGUUAAACCGGUUGGCUAGUCCUAAAGAAGAGACGGCCACGGUAAAACACGGCACUGAAGUAACAAUCGCUGAAUUGACUGAUAGGGUUUUGGUUACUGGGUUGACUGGGAAUGACUCGGCCGAGUUAAAGUUAAGCGAGUGCUGCUUUUCUAAUAGUAUUGUGGUGGAUGCUACCACCACAUCCGAGUUAAAGUUAAACGCGUGUUCCGUUUCAAAUGUUGUCGAUGGAGGAGGGAAUAAUGGAAUUAAGGGGGCUAGGCCACCGGUUUUAAAGCCGCCGCCGGUGAUGAAGUUACCGGUGAUCGAUAACGCGUGCUCAACUUGGGAUCUGUUUAGGGAUUUCGCUCCUGAAGACGAUAGAGGGUGUGUGGUCCCGGUUCACUUAUAUUCGUCUUCCGAUGAAGAAGAAAAGAGAGAGGAGGAGAGUGGGGUUAUUGAAGAAAAUGCUAAGGAGGAGGAAAUUUUAAUGAGAAUAGGAGAGACUGCGGUGCUUUCAGCGUCGUGUUCGUUUACGACUUCAAAUGAUGAUGAUUCUUCCAGUUCUACAACGGAACCUACGUCAAAUAUUUCCCCUAAUGGUAGGUUCAAAAGGAAAAUUACUUAUUGGGAGAAAGGUGAGCUUCUGGGGCGUGGAUCAUUUGGAUCGGUUUUCGAAGGGAUUUCUGACGAUGGAUUCUUUUUUGCUGUGAAGGAAGUUUCAUUGCUUGAUCAAGGAAGUCAGGGGAAGCAAAGUAUUAUCCAACUUGAACAUGAGAUUGCUCUAUUAAGUCAGUUUGAACAUGAAAACAUAGUUCAGUAUUAUGGCACAGAUAAGGAUGAAUCAAAAUUAUACAUCUUUCUUGAGCUUGUAACCAAAGGCUCCCUUUUAAAUCUAUAUCAGAAGUAUAAUCUCAGAGAUUCUCAAGUCUCUGCAUAUACAAGACAGAUUCUGCAUGGAUUGAAGUAUCUUCAUGACCGAAAUGUGGUUCACAGGGAUAUUAAGUGUGCAAACAUAUUGGUGGAUGCAAGUGGAUCAGUGAAACUUGCAGAUUUUGGGUUGGCAAAGGCAACCAAGUUGAAUGAUGUUAAAUCAUGCAAAGGGACGGCAUUCUGGAUGGCCCCUGAGGUUGUCAAUCGGAAGGGUCAAGGCUAUGGAAUUCCUGCUGAUAUAUGGAGUCUUGGUUGUACUGUGCUGGAGAUGUUAACCCGUCAGAUUCCAUAUUCUAAUUUGGAAUGUAUGCAAGCAUUGUUUAGAAUUGGCAGAGGUGAGCCACCACAGGUUCCUGAUUCUUUGUCGAAAGAUGCACGAGAGUUUAUCAUGCAAUGUAUACAAGUAAAUCCAGAUGCUCGGCCAACUGCUGCUGAACUCUUACAGCACCCAUUUGUAAAGAGGCCUCUUCCAACACUCUCAGGCUCAGCAUCUCCUCAUCCUGGCCGGCGGUUUUGAAUGUUUAGCCUUGAAACUAAAUAAUCGGCUCCAUCCAUCAUCAGGAAGAAGAUAAGUUUGCGUCCUCAAGCUCGGAUGCUACCACCUUUAGUUUUGCCCCUAAAGAGUCAAGAUACCGAACAUUGGUAGGCUAAAACCAUUCUGAAGCAUCGCUAUGGCCUAAUGGCCUUGCCGUAGAUCUCAAUUUCCGGAUGAUGCUGAACAGAGCAGAACUGGUCAUAAAUUAUUUGUUGUCAUUUUGUCUGUUAUGGAAUUUGAUUUAGUGAGGUUUCUUUUAUUUUGUAGAAAUUUUUUUUUACAGGUGAAACAUUGUAGGGCAAGGUGUAGGAGAUAUUGUUGUAGCAAGUUAGGAAUCAUACACUGUUUGUAAAUAUGUAUCUCAUUGUUGAUGCAAAUGGAUGGUAAGUUUGUGUUGAUUAUGUGCACAAUCAACUUGUGAUUUAUUGCUUGCUUUUUAUUUGAAAUCUCUCCGGCCCUCAUCGGGAAAAAAAAAAAAAGUUUUAUCUGGUUGCCAUCAGAUGGUUAGCGACUGAUGUACGUCUCUCUCCCUCUCUUUUUUUUUUCCUUUGGUCACAACUCUCCUAUUAUAAUUCACAAUCACAAUCGGUUAAGAUAUUAUUUUGGGAGACCAGUCUUUCCAUUUCUUUUACGCAAUCUCUUUAUCUUUUUUGAUCAAAUUCAAAAAGCAGGAGAAAUCUUACAUCCUCAUAAACUUAAACAUCCAAAUAAAACAACAUAGA